AUGCCGUCGGCAACGCCGUGCGCCCUGAGCAUCGGUGCGGUGUUGCUGGUGAUCUGCCACCUGUGCAUCGGCGAAUUGUCCAAGCACAGGCUCUCCCUGCCCGGCGCGGCGCUGGACAUCAGGGAAGAGGCGCUCCGGUUAAAGGGCCCCAACAGGGCACCCGAACUCCUGGUCCUCGCGCCGGACGACGAUACCUUUCCGUACUCGCUGCACAAGGUGGUCCCAGCCGUGCUCGUCGCCGUGGACACGCUCCGGCAGACUGGCAAUAUGACGUUCGUGGUCAACUACAACAACACCAACUGCUCGUCGUCGCACGGGCCCCUCGUGGCCUUUGACCACUACAUCGCGGGCAAAGUGGAUGCCUUUUUCGGGCCGGCUUGUUCGUAUGUGCUGGCACCCGUGGCACGGUACAGCUCCGAGUGGGACCUGCCGGUGGUGACGUCGUCUGGCCAAAACGACAACUUCGACGUAAAGCACACCAACUACAGGCUGCUGACGAGGAUGAACGGUUCCUUCUCUCAAGUUGGGCAGCUGUUCAUCGAGACGCUGCGCCGGUUCGGUUGGCAGGUAGUGGCCCUGUUGUACCACGAGUUCAGGGACAGGGCCAAGGGUCACUCAGACUGCUUCUUCAACUUGGCGGCCGUGUUCACGGCGCUGGGUGGAGGGCGCCGCUACCACCAGAACUUCGACGAGGAGGACCCCAAGGAGGACUUCGAGACGCUGCUUCAGCAGGUGGCCAGGCACGCAAGAAGCCCGUGA